UGUGAAAGCAGAGAGUUCGCGCCAAGCAUGAAAGUUGAACCGCACUGACUGUCUUUAAUUCCGGUGAAUUGAAUUCGGGAAGAUACAUCAGCCAAGCAACUCCAUACAUCCUUAGUUAUGUUUCAGGUGCUGACCAGUUCUGUGGUUUGACAGCCUGUACUUGUUAGGUUGCUUUAGCUAAAGAGCUAGUUUACUCAUCUGCUAAUGUAGCCAGCUAGCAAACUGCGCGAGCCUGCUGAAAAACGAUGCCUCCACUGACUUUGAAAGGGAUAACUGUGGAUUUCCCUUUCACCCCAUACGAAUGUCAGAAGGAUUAUAUGAGUAAGGUGAUUGAGUGUCUACAAAACAAGGUAAAUGGGGUUCUGGAGAGUCCGACAGGCACGGGUAAAACCCUAUGCCUGCUGUGUGCCACCCUUGCCUGGAGGGACUACUUCAAAGACACCAUUUCUGCCAGGAAGAUAGCAGAAAAGAUGGGAGGAGCAGAGCUUUUCCCCAACACACCAUUGGCAUCGUGGGGGACCGCUGCAACAGAUGGAGACACAACAACUUAUUAUACUGAUAUUCCAAAGAUCAUCUAUGCAUCCAGGACACAUUCUCAGCUGACCCAGGUUAUUAAUGAGUUAAAGAACACUUCCUACAGGCCCAAAGUGUGCGUGUUAGGAUCCAGGGAGCAGCUUUGUAUUAACCCGGAGGUGAUGCGUCAGGAGAGCAACCACCUUAAGGUUCACAUGUGUAGGCAAAAGAUCUCCACCAGGUCGUGCGUCUUCUACAACAAUGUUGAAGAGAAGAGCAUGGAUAAAGACCUGGUGAACUCCAUUCUGGAUGUUGAAGAUCUGGUGAAAGCUGGCAACAAGCAAAGGGUAUGCCCAUACUACCUCGCACGCUCCUUGAAACAGCAGGCAGAAAUCAUAUUCAUGCCGUACAACUAUCUACUGGACCCAAAGAGUCGCAGGGCGCACAACAUCGAGUUGAAAGGGGCAGUGGUCAUUUUCGACGAAGCGCAUAACGUGGAGAAGAUGUGUGAGGAGUCCACAUCUUUUGACCUCACGCCUUACGACCUGGCAUCAGCCAUCGAUGCUGUGGACAAGCUGCUAGCGGAGCAGGCCAAAGAGGCCGGGCGAGGAGACGUCUCGGAGGACUUCAAUAUGGAAUCCAUAAACGGGGGUUUGAAAUUGGACAUAACCACCAUUGCUAAAAUAAAACAGAUACUUCUGGAUCUGGAGGCGACCAUUGAUUCUUACGACGUGCCAGACAAGGGGAUCACCAAACCUGGAAGCUUCAUCUAUGAGUUGUUCCAGAAGGCUCACCUCACAUUCGACACAAGGACACCCAUCUUUGAAGCCCUAGAGCAGAUCACUGGAUAUCUGGCUGGAAAACCAGGCAUAUUCAUGAACACAACUGGAUUACAGAAAUUGGCGGACAUAAUUCAGCUGGUGUUCUGCGUUGAUACACAAGAGGGCAACAAAGGUGCAAACAUGCCGCUCAACAUGCAAUCCAGCACCACUAAAUUUAAGGUCCAUAUCCAUAAAGACACCAGCCAUCAUAAGAAAAAACAAAAUACUGAUGUGUGGUCUUCAUCUUCCUCCAAAAAACAAGGAAAUGUUCUGAGUUACUGGUGCUUCUCGCCUGGGUUCAGCAUGCAGGAGCUGGUGAGGCAGGGCGUGCGCAGCAUCAUCCUCACCAGCGGUACCCUCUCCCCUCUGUCCUCGUUCACCUCCGAAAUGCAAAUUCCCUUUCCAGUAUGCCUGGAGAACCCCCAUGUGAUUCAGCAUGAUCAGAUCUUUGUCAGCAUAAUUGACCGCGGUCCAGACAGCGUGCAGCUCAGCUCAGCAUUUGACCGCAGGUUUGUCCCUGAAAACAUGGCAUCUUUAGGGAACACUGUUGUGAAUCUGGGCCGCGUUGUCCCUCACGGUUUGCUGGUGUUCUUCCCCUCUUACCCUGUGAUGGACAAGACUCUGGAGUUCUGGAGGGCAAACGGGCAUGCCGACCGCAUUGAAAACAUAAAGCCCAUGUUUGUAGAGCCCAGAGGAAAGGGGAUGUUCACGGAGAUAAUUGAUGGUUAUUAUGACAAAGUCAGUGACUCGAAAUCUAAAGGGGGCAGCUUCUUUGCGGUCUGUCGGGGAAAGGCCAGCGAGGGGCUGGAUUUUGCUGACACGUAUGGCCGAGGCGUCAUAAUCACUGGCCUCCCGUUCCCGCCCCGCAUGGACCCCCGGGUCAUUCUGAAGAUGCAGUACCUGGACGAGAUGUGCAGGAAGAAGACACCUGGGGUGCAGUACCUGUCGGGGCAGAACUGGUAUCGACAGCAGGCGUCCAGGGCAGUGAACCAAGCUAUUGGAAGAGUCAUUCGCCACCGUGAUGACUACGGGGCUAUCUUCUUGUGCGACCACAGAACAAUGACCCAACAUACCACCACCAGGCUGUGUAAGGGCUGUUUGACCAAGAAGGAGAGUGAUGAAGUGCUCCAUCAGAUGGCCUGGCCUCCACAAUCACCUGACCUCAAACCAAUUGAGAUGAAGAGUGAAGGAAAAGCAGCCAACAAGUGCUCAGCAUCUGUGGCAACUCCUUCAAGACCAUUGCAAAAGCAUUCCAGGUUCAAAAGCACAGACGCACGUGCCCAGCUACCCUCAUGGAUAAGGCCCUACGUGCGCACUUACGACAACUUUGGAAAUGUGGUCCGUGACGUGGCGCAGUUCUUCAGAGUUGCACAGAAACAUAGGCCUCCUCCAGAGAAGAAGCCUACAAAGGGGAGCUGUGGUGGGGCGGUACACUCUGCAGAUGCCCAGUGUGUCAGCGCCGGACCCUGCCACUCCUCCGAGGGCUCCACCAAGGGAGGUUUCGCCCAGAAGGCCAAAGUACUGGACUCCCACGUGCCCAGUCUGAAGAGACGACGGCUGAAUGAGCAUGGCGGCAGUGAGGGGAACGGCAUGGCUAGGCUGUGCAUCGAGUACGAAACUGAGAUGGAGGCGAGCCGAAGGAGGCCGGCCGGCCUGCUGGAUGCCCUGGAGCAUAGCGACAGCCGUUAUGGAGAUGAAGACGAGGCCCUAGGGGGCGAGGAGAGGGCUAAUCGCAUAUCCACGCUGUCUCUUCAGUAUGACAAGUGCGUGGAUGACGAAUUGCGUGGUGGAAAACGAAAAAUCAAAGUGGUCCAAAAACGGAAAAUCCCCCUGUCUCCUGAUGUGUCAGAGGAGGGCAAAGCGGGGAAAGCCAAGUCGUUCCUGGCGGAAAUGAAAAGGUCGCUGAGUCAGGUAAAUUUCCAGCGAAUAAUGGCGGCCCUGCAGACGUACAAACGGAUGGAUGACCUUGACGAACUGCUGGCCGAGGCAGCCGACCUCUUCACCGGGGACACCAACACCCACAACCUGCUCCGAGGAUUCUACCAGUUCAUACGACCCCACCACAAGAAGAGAUUUGAUGAGAAGUGCGUGGAACUGACUGGCCAGGGCUGUGGCUACAAACCCGAUCACUCGCUCUCCAAGGAGGAGAAAGAAACACUGAUGCAGAACGGGGCCAAGCCGGGAAAGCUGACGAGUGUUGCUGUCGCUUCUGAUUCAAGCUCCUCCUGCAGUCAGCUCAACGCCAGUCUGCUGCUUAAUAAAGGCGGCCAUCACCUUGGAAUCCACGGAUUGACUACAGAGGAGCAUUUGCCAAAGAAUCAAGUGCUUACAGUUGAUCCUAAAUGCAAAGACCAAGCACCAGUCCAAUCUGCUCAGAAGAGUCAAAUCUACGCCAGUUUCAUAGCGGAUGUGAAAAAAUCCAUUGGACUUGAGAAGUCCAACCAACUGUUCUCAGCUAUUCAGAGCUAUAAGAAGACCGACAACUAUGAUAGCCUGGUGGGCACAGUAGUGAGUUUGUUAACUGAGAAAAACGAAGACUUUAACCUCCUUAGCACAUUUGCCCUGUUCAUCCGGCCUCACCAUAAGAAACAGUACAAAGAGAUACUGGACGCCUUGAUAGGUGACUCCACAGGCUCAAGUGCUUCCUCUGGGAUUUCAGGCCAACUAAUGCAAGGUGAAUGGACAAUUUUCAAGUGCCUUCAAGAGAGAAUAACUUGUAGCAAUUCAGUAGAAGUCCUUGUAUUGUCAGCACUAUUGUAACUACAGUGAGCAUAAAGUCUAUAGAAGUAAUUAUUGAACCCAUUAUUUUUGUUUAACAGGCGUUGUUAAUUAACACUUUGGUAGUGUUGAAAACAGCUGUUUUGCAAUAAUAACCAUUUUAAUUUAAGAAUGUGAUUAAAUGUAAUUUAACAAAGUUAGAGUUGAAAAAGACAUAAGCAUGUAAAAGAUAUGAACACAUUAACAGAAUUUUACAGUGUCAACCAUUUUUCAAUGCACUUUUGGGUCUCUCAGUUUCAACGCCUGGGAAAGCACAAAGGAAGAUCUCGUCUUUCUUUCCCAGCAGCCAAAGGAAAUGAAAGCUGUUGGACGUGGAGCCUCUAAGAAGAAUCCCCCUACUCUGAUGCUGCUAGUGUUUUAUUGUAUGGAAAUUAUGGUAACAAGUGAGGGUUUUGUGGUGUUGUAAUAAAUGUAUGCAGAUUAUGGUAAUAUUUUCCCAACAUAUUUUAUAACUUUUUUUAUUAAACAAAUGUUGAUGUGA